AUGAGGCCGGCGGGUUGCCGCAUGGCAGCAAGGCCCGGCGGAGAGCCCGCGGUGUUCGUGGGGAGACAGGCAGAGGGAGCUCCCCCUCUGAGCCCCGUCGUCCCCAGGGUGCCCAGCAGCCCCCCACCCCACCCCACCGGGGCCUUCAGCCUCCCGCUCCCCUCCUCCUCCUCCUCCUCCUCUUCCUCCACCUCCUCCUCCCGCAGCCACCACCCUCCCUCCUUCCCCAGGGCCUGGCAUGGAGGUGCUGCCCGCAGGCAGCCGGAUGCUUCCCGCUGCUCCUGCCUCUUCCCGAGGCUGCAUCCCUCCUCGCCAGCAUCCUUCUGCCCGGACAAAGCCCUGAAGCCUCUCAGCAGCCGCCGCCUUUGUGCACCGACCCGCUCACAUCACCCCCUCGUAGCAUCCUCCCUCUCCCAGCUCCCCCCCCCCCAGUUGGCUUUGGUGGGGACGGUGGUGGCCGCCGGGGACACGGGAGCGAUGCUGCCCUCGCCGGAGGAGCCAAGCUCGGGAGGUCGGCGGCGACAAGCAGCACCAGCCACCAGCCGAUGCUGACAUCCCCCCGGGG